UUACACCCGCCGGUUGCUCCUUGUCAUGGUCGAGAAAUAACGCAAACACCCGUAAAACUAUACACCUAUUCCAUUCUAUGUACUUUAAAACAAACACAUUUAAUCCUGUAUUACCUUCUAAUUCUUAUAUGGUGCUUAUCAAUUCUCACCAGAAAAGAAAUAGAUUCCAGUACAAAGAAGCAGCAACGAAGAGAAUCAAAUGCCAAAGAUGAAACUGACUUCCAAGGAGAAUUCGAAGACCCUCAUUGCAGCAGUGAUUUCCGGAAUGUGUACAGUUAUGACACUGUUAAAGAAAAUAUACUCGAUGCAUUUAAAUCGAUCAAGACAUUGGUAAAUCAGAAAAGAUUUCAAAAAUAUGUUCAAACAGACUGCUUCGGACUGGAUAAUAUAAAUAAAAAGUUUGAAUGGAGAGAAAAAGACCUAAUGAAGACAGAUUGUGCCAUCGUGGUUGCUGGUGAAACAAGUUCUGGGAAAUCAAGUGUAAUAAACUUGAUCAUCGGCAAGGAAAUUUUGCCCAUUGACAUCAUGGCAACUACAACCAGAGUUUGUAGAAUUAAGUAUUCUGACAGAAUGCGAGUUUCCACGCUGAAUAAAAUGGGAGAGGAGUUAUCCAACUCAGAGUUUGAUGAUGAAGAAAAACUUAUUGAGAUGAUGGAAGAAUUAGCUACGACGGAUGACCAUCAAAUAGAGUAUAUAGAUGUCUGGUUUCCACUACCCAUAUUGAAAGGUAACAUAAUAAUAGUUGAUACACCAGGAAAGGGCGAUGCAGAACAAAAUGAUGUGGCAAAGAAGAUGAUGGAGUAUAUACCAAAUGCAUUGGCUUUUAUUUUCGUUGUAAACGUUGCUAGUGCAGGUGGAUUCCAGGAUGAUAGGCUACUACAUAUAAUUAAACGUAUAAGAGAAUCGAUGAAUCAGAUGUACUGUUUCGAUCCAGAAGAUGCAAUUUUCCUCCUCAACAAAUGGGAUGCAGUUGUCGAUAAGAGAAGAACACGCAGAAGAGACACAUACAUGGAGUUGAAAGAUAAAGUCCAUACGAUAUGGAAAGAAGCAAAAGACAGAAAUAUUCUUAAAUUUGCCUCAGCUAAGGUGCAGGAACAAGAGGUUUUCAAAACCGAAUUUGACAAGUUUCACGAACUUUUAAAAGAAGUUAUCAGCAAAAAUGAAUUUAAAAGAGUUAAAGUUCACCUUGGUUUUAUAGAAUCAUUUCUGAACGAAUGUGACAUAAGUCUUUUGAGCAAGAUAAGAUUUGCAAAUCAAAGUAAAGCAAAGACAUGGUGUGAACUUGAUCAAAUUGAUAGAGAACUGCAAUUCCUUAAGGAUAAAAGACAGGAGGCAUCUUCCAAUCUUCACAAAAGUAUCACAAAGUUCUUUGAGGAAACGGCCGAAGAUCUUCAUCAGUAUAUACACAGCUCAGAGUUUUAUGCUAUUGUUUUCCCAGGAAUAGAUAAAUACAUGCGGUUUAAUAUGGGGCGAGAACUGGAUACUCGCAUAGAAAAGGCUACUCUUUCAUGGCAACAACAAAACAUUGGAAAAUUGUUCAAAAAGAAGAUAUUUGAAAAACUUACAGAUAAUUUUUGCAAUCUUCACAAACGUUUUCACCGGCUUAAAGACAGAAUAAGAGGAUUUACAUCUCCCUUUAACAUUGAUGAGAAGUUUGGUCCGGUCCUUCUAUCCUUAGUUGCUCCGAAUGGUACAGCCUUCCUUGGAAAUCUGGCAAUGCUUUAUAUGUCCGUCGAUCCUAACGUUGCUGCUGCUGUUACUGUGACUGGGGUUAUUGGUAGCAUAGUACUCACAGGAUUGGUUGCGAUGGAUGUACAUGAUGCGGCUGAAAACGUUGCAAAAAAUGCCUACUAUGCUAGAAUAAACAAAAUAACGAAGGAAAAAAUAAAGGUCAAACUUCGUACAACAUAUGCAGAACAAUUUGUACGCGUAGUCAGGGAAUACCUUGAUGGGGAUCUAAAAAAUGAAAUUGAUGUUCUGGAGGAGACUAUGAAGUCAACUAGAAGUAAAAUAGAUUCGUUCAGAACGAAAGUGGAAGUGCUUCUUUCUAUAAGUUCCGAAUUUUCAAAGAUUCGACAGCGUUUAGAAGAUUUAACUGAAGUUGAAAUCAAGCUUGACUGAACAGU